CCAAAGCCCUUCCCCUAUAAAAACAACCAGGCCGUUUCGCCCAGAUGCUUUCCCCGUACCUCCCCGCUCUCUCCAUGUCUGCCCUCAUCGCUCCAGACGCCCCCCUAGCAUCCCCGCUCUCAGACUCCUCUUGGGAACACACCCAGCCCCUCCACUCUCCCACACAGUCCAUAGACUCCUUCGCUCUCCAGUACCCUCACUACGCCCACAACAACAACAACAACCAAUACCCCCAACCUGGCCCUGCCAUGUCCCAGUCCGACUCGAUACACCUUAGCAACCCCAUGUUCAGGAUGCGUAUGAGUCCGGAGUAUGGCUCAGACGUCGACCAGCAGCUCUGUCUACCCACUCACCAGCUCUUCGACCUCCCUCCCACCCCACCCUCUCCCUCCGGCUCAAGCGGCGGUGCUGCUUCUGUCUCUUCCUCUUCACCACCUUCAGAUCACUCUCGUCUACCUUUCGGCGCUGGGGCGCCGGCUGUCAAACGCCGUUCAAGCCCUGGGCCACCUGUUUCAAAAAAGCCGCGCGCUUCCGGCGAACGCAUCACCACCAAAGACUUUGUGCCUCCCGACGUUUCAGGUCUCAGCAAGCGCGAAGCUAGGUUGGUCAAGAAUAGGGCCGCCGCCUUCCUUUCUAGACAAAGAAAGCGCGAGGAGUUCGAGACCAUGGAAGUUCGCGUCGCCGAGCUAGAGCAGGAGAACGCGCGCCUGUUGGCGAUGACCUCCGGGGGCAGUUCAACAGCGUCGACCGCAUUGCACUCGCAGGUGCAGUCGCGGCCUCCGCAACCACCCGCAGAACUUCUCUCCGAGAUCGACCAACUCCGGGCGCAGCUCGCCGCCGCAGAGCAACGCGAGCGAGAACUCUCCUCGCGACUCUCGCGGCAUUCGCCGUCGACGAUCAAGAUGGAGGCCCCUGAACCACAGCUCCCGUCGCCGCCAACGAUGGCCGCCUCUCGUCCCUCGUCCCUCCAACAAAUCACCCACAAGGGUGAGAAGACGGGCGCGAGCCUCAGCUUGUUGGUUCUUCUCUGUGCCCUGCCCUCCAUUUUCUCUGUCACUGCGCAAUCGGGGCCCAUGCCAAUGUCAGGAACAUUCCCACUCUCCGGUAUUCCAUCCAAUCCAUUCGCCUCCUCCUCGAACAACGUCGACUUUGGCUCCUUUUUGCCUAACGAGUACGACUGGCGGUCACCAAACGCCAUGGACCUCGAUUUCGACUUCCAUCGCCAACGACAGCAUGUCCCCGGUCGCUCGCCAGCGAAGAAGCUCGAGUUCGUCGAUACUGGUGCAGAGAAACUGGGCCUCGGUAACUUGGACAUCACCUUUGACGCUGAACCAUCUCAAGACGGUAAAAUUCGUGUACGGAUACACCCAUCCGGCUCAUCCGGCUCUUCUCCAUCAGCAUCCCUGUCCUCCGCUUCCCUUUCCUCAUUCGACGACGCCAUGCCACAAUCGCUUUGGGAUUCUCAACCGCCGCAAUCGUAUCUCGGGGGCUUCGAUACCUCGUCGCUCUCUUCGUUGGACUCGUCGGACCCAUUCCUCGGCAUCGGAGGCAUGACUUCGUUAUCCGAGUUUGGGUUUGACCCCGCGAUGCUCGCGGGUGGCAUGUCACAGACGCAGAUCCCCACUUCGACCGGCGCAAAGCGGGUCAGGAUUGCGUUGAAGAGCAUGCCGACCGUAGGUGGAGGUGCCGGCGAGUGGGAGGUCGAGCUCUGCUAAGCCCGUCCUCUUCGCGGUCCUUACGGCGGGCUUGUUCUGUUCGGAUCCCCGAAUGGGAUCGGUUGAAUCCACCUUAUCGGCUCCGAACUCUGCGGUUCGGGAAAUGGGCAGAGUCUGGCGGUCUCUUCAUUGUUUAUGUCUACCUAUGUGCACCGUCUCUACUUCGCAUCUUGCAUCCAUCAUGUCCCCUCGUCGCUCAGCUUUCGUCUUCCAUGUACCCCCUUUAUGGAUCUCCUCUUCCUUCCGUCUUGCUCUACUUUAUCCAUACCCUCCGCUAUUACCCCACCCGUCGCCGUCUUCGUUCCGUCUUCGCUUUUACCCCUGCCUUUCGUCAUCGAAGACCCCACAGGGCAUUCUCUUCUUCUUUUGUUUUUACUUCCGCUUUUCUUCCGAAUUCCUCUUUUCAGGUCUCAAACUUUGAGCGGCCGACGACUCGCCGGCCGCGGUACCUACGCUGCUAUUUAUUUCUUCCUCUUCCUUGCGUUCGGGAACUCACUCUCGCCGUUCGUCAUUGUAUACGUAUCUCGCUUUCGCAUCUUCUCUGUUCAUCUAUCUAUCCCCUUUGCUCUUACCUCCGCAUUACUCGAAUUUCAAGUCUUGGAUGGAUCGGCUUAGCUUGGGCUCGGGCAACGCACAUGCAUUUUCAUUUCUUCUUUCCUUUUGUGUACCGUAUGCCUUUGGUUCGGAUAGAAUGCCAGAAAGGGGUUCGAAAGAACAAGAUACGGACGGACAAGGGGUGGAUCGCUGAAAGUAAGAUAUAUAUCGCUUUUCGGAAGAAUAUACAUAGUCUUUUUGUUUUCCUUUUUGUUUUCUUUCUUUUUUCUUCUUCUUUUUUUCUUUAGUUAGUCUCAGAUCACGGUCUCCCCCUCUCUCUGGCAUCGGCAUAUUGUACAUAUGGAAUCUCUCCCACUCAUUUUUAACUCACACACAACUCAACACCC